GACGACUGAACUUGGAGGAAAAACAAUGGAAUUUCGGCUUCUUCCCUUCAACUUCACCACUCUCUUACUUUUCAUAGCCUUCAUCUUUCUUUUAGUUAAGGGAUUGAAGAAACCGAAAUCCUCUAACAAGAACAUAAAAUUACCUCCAAGUCCAUGGAAGCUGCCUUUGAUUGGAAACAUGCACCACUUGGUUGGUGCACCCCCUCAUCAUGCUUUAAGAAAUGUAACUAAAAAGUACGGUCCAGUAGUCCAUCUACAGCUUGGUGAAGUUCCAGCAAUUGUCAUAUCAUCGCGUGAAGCUGCCAAAGAUGUACUAAAGGUUCAUGAUCCUGCUUGUGCUGAUAGGCCAGAAAGUAUUGGAUGUAAAAUUAUGUGGUACGACUAUACUGAUAUUGCUUUUAGUCCAUACAACGAAUAUUGGAGGCAAAUGCGUAAACUAUGCAUUUUGGAGCUCUUAAGCACCAAAAAUGUUCGAUCAUUUGGCUCCAUAAGGCUAGAGGAGGCUUCACAUCUUUUGAAAACUAUCCAAUCAUCUUCUGGGAAACCCAUCAACCUAACUGAUAGAAUAUUCUCAUUUACAAGUUCGAUGACAUGCAGAGCAGCAUUCGGUGAAGUACUAAGAGACAAAGACUAUUUGAUAAUGCUGAUGAAGGAAGGAACAGCCUUGGCUGGAGGCUUUGCAUUGGCUGAUUUUUUCCCUUCUUCAAAGUUGCUACAAAUCAUGAGUUGGAAUAAAAAUAGAUUGUGGAAGAUGCGGGGUAAACUUGAUGCAAUUCUUGACUCCAUGAUCAAUGAGCAUAGAGAUAGCCUAGCUAAAACCAAAAGAGGCAAUGGUGUCUUAGGUGGUGAAGACAUAGUUGAUGUUCUACUCAGAUUACAACAAAGUGGAGAACUUGCUGUUCCAAUAACUAAUGACAACAUCAAAGCAAUCAUUUUUGAUUUGUUUACGGCUGGAACUGAAACUUCAUCCACCACAAUCGACGGGGCUAUGGCAGAAAUGAUGAGAAAUCCUCGUGUGAUGGCAAAGGCACAAGCUGAAAUAAGAGAAGUUGCUAAAGAAAAGAAGACAUUUGAAGAGAGCGAUGUUCAAUCGCUGAAAUAUCUCAAGUUGGUAAUCAAGGAAACAUUUAGGAUGCACCCUCCAAUUCCUUUGCUUCCAAGAGCAUGCAGGGAAGAAUGUGAAGUUAAUGGCUACACUAUGCCCCUCAAAACCAAAAUCAUUAUUAAUAUCUGGGCUUUGGGAAGAGAUCCAGAUUAUUGGCCUGAAGCAGAAAGCUUUAAACCUGAGAGGUUCGAGAACAAUUCAGUUGAUUUCUUGGGAAGUAACUUCGAAUUUCUUCCAUUUGGAGCCGGAAGGAGGUUUUGUCCAGGUAUGAACUUUGGUUUAGCAAAUAUUGAGCUUCCUUUAGCUCAACUUCUCUACCACUUUGACUGGAAACUUCCUAAAGAAAUGAAACACGGUGAAGUCGACAUCUCGGAGGGAGAAGGAAUAACUGUGUCAAGGAAAAAUGGUCUUUACUUGAUUCCCACACCCUACAACUCUUCCAUUGGUCGCUGAAUAUUAAUCCAACAGAAGGGGCAUUGCAAGAACUUGUUGCCAAUGAAAAAAACAUGGCCCCCCUUUUAUUUCUUAAUUUAUCUGAAUACUUUCCUAGAUUACAUCUUCUUUCAUGUUCUAAUUUAUGUUACUGUUCUUUCACUGCGGUAAUAUUUGUAUCAUUGUCUUGUAUAGGAUCAGCUUCUAUAAUUAAAAUAUUUAUUAAAACUUGCACA